AUGGUACUACAGGAAUUCCAUAACCAUCCAGAGUCGAAAGUUAAGGUCACUGCACUAGAGUCGUUAUUCUUGUUGUCUUAUAUGGACCCCCAACCUCGUCCACAAUCAAAGCUUAGUGGAUUUAAUGUCUAUUUAUACAUUGAUAUUCCUACAAUAGAUUUCUACAAUGAUGAAAUGACUCAGGGCAAGGUGUCUAGGAUGAAUAAAAGAUUCAAAAUCCAGAAGGUUAAGAAGCACUUAUUUGCUAGUUUUACUAAUUUUAAUAGACAGCUGUGGAAUAUUUUUAAGGAAAGCCCUAGUGACAGUUCGAGGUUAUUUAGGGUGUAUAUUCAUUCCAGCGGGUCCCUUCGUUACGUUGAAUCCAUCAAAUAUUUGAUUGAAUCCUGUUGGUCGGAGUUGUAUGAGGUUCGCAAACAAGUGCAAAUAACUUUCUAUGUCCACGUAACCCCAACUACGCAUAAAUGGUUUACGACAUUCUUGGACAAGGAAAUAGUUGAUUCAGACGUGGUUAUUUUUAUUCCUAUCAAGUCAUAUGGUGAAAUCACUGCCUCUACGAACCCGUUUAAGGAGUAUUAUUCGAAGUUGAAUGACAAAUUCACAAAAAAGAAUGACUCUUCUAUAAUGGAUUCGAUAGUGGUUGUUACAAAUAAAACUGGGGUAAAGGCAUUGUUGACGAUUUUAUGUGACAGACCAUUGACGAGCUACCUUUACCAAGAAUCCUUGGACGCAUUGAACAAUAAUGCCUUACGCAGUGCGAAAUCGGGACUUGUUGAAGGUACAAGCCAUGACUAUAUAGACAGUAGUGAGGAUGACACCCCACUCACCAGAAAUUCAUCUUCUCUACUAAACUUUCAAGGAUCGCUUCUCACAUCCAAUAAGGACAAAUCAGUGAAAGUGAUAACUAUACCCAUACCAUCGAAGAACAGAUCUAGUAGGUCACUGACCCCUCUUGAUAAUGACGGAGGGGAUAGUUAUCGUUUGGUAUCAUCUGCUUCCCUAAAGGACCCUGUAUGCAUUGCUCGUAGACAAAACAUUGACACAGAGGAUUUUAUUGCUGAUGAAGAUGACGAAUUUGAAGAUGACGAUCAAGAGGUUGACAGUUCCUCUGACGAGGAUGGUUUAAGCUUUUAUGCACCGAUGAAGUUAUCCGGUGCAUGUACAACUGAAGAGUGUAACACAGAAGGCACUGUUGUCGAUAUACAUCAGCGGUUAUCAGGUCGACGAUUUAGAUCCUUAAGUCUGAUUGAUCCACGUUGCAAGCCGUUCGCACAUCAUGCCUCACCUAGCAUGGAACGCAUAGAAGAUGAAAUUAGUUCCCAAUCAAUAAAUAACGAGUGGUACACAAAUAUCCACAUUCAAGAUGGCGAUUUUGGUGAAGCCAUCACUCCAUCGCAAGGAAAAAGGAUUAGACGAAGCCUACGAAAAGAAGUUUCCUCGCACGGUUUGAUUCCUCCAAGUUUUUUCUCUAGAUUAUCAUCGCCCAACUCGAGCAGCAACAGUUCACAGUCAUCCCUUUUUAAUCUAAACCUAAUAUCUGCUGCGAUAUCUAAACAAACUAAAAACGAGAGCUUUGAACUGGGCACUACGUCGCCCUUAAAAAGGAUAGGUAGCUAUACAUCUGAGAAGAGUUUGGCUGAUUCUUCUGGGGACUCUAGGAAACAAUCUUCCGCGCAAUUGUUUCAAACACUUAUGGGAAAGGAUAAAUAUGCUGGACAUUGGGUAGGCAAGACUAGUCCAAUGGCAGCAGGAAGGUCAUUAUAUCAUGAAGACCACUUGAUAUCUUGCGUUAACGUGGAAACUGACGUGGAGCAGAAACUCUAUACAUCGAAGUCGAGUUCUGUCAGCACGAUAAUAAAAGAAGGAACAGACAUCUUACCGUCAACUACCCUAAACGAGAUGCAUGAUGUGAUGACAGAAGUACAUCUGCCGUUGGAAUCUAAUCAUUAUCCAGAUGACAAAGAAGUUAAUACACAUAACUAUAAGAAACCAAAGUUCACACUUGAUUUAUAUAGUGAUGAGGACAUAAACAAUACUGGCGCGUGGGUGUUAGGCUCUAAUAAUAGGUGA